AUGUGGUUUCAACUGACUUCAAUAGCAUUUUUUGUCUUGUUGACUCUCACGACGGCUGCAGAGAACGCAUUGGAAGAAGAAACCGUUCAAGAACGGAGACUUAGAGCAAAUGCAAAGAUGUGGUGGAUUUUUGGUUCUUCCGGUAACAGCAAAUGCAAGUCCAAACUCCGUCCAUGUCUUUUUAUUCAUGGAGAGAAUCAUGAAAACGAGGAGAAGGAACUGCAAGAUUCGUCCGAUAAAUUUGGUGAUAUGAGUAAGAACGCCCCGUGCUGUUCAUCAAUCAAAUAUGCUUCACUGGAUACGCUCAAUGUCGGUUGGACAGACCACAAGCUGCAAAAGAAGGUCUGCGGUCACGCUCUUUCGAUGAGUGAAGACAGUGACGAGAAGCAGAAGAUCAUUAAGAAUACAAUUCUUGUGACCCAUUCAAUGGGUGCUUUGAUUCUAGCAGGUGCAAUUGCCAAUAAACACUGCAGCAUUGACAGCAGUACGUCGUGGGUCAGCAUGAGUGCACCAAUGAAAGGCUCCAUGGUAUCAAACUAUGUGCAAGAUGUUUGCACGGAUGACGAUACCCAGGUUUUCCUUCAGAUUUUGACGCUUGUAGGCCAGUGCCCUGUUCAAGCUGGAAUGGAGUCUCUUGCGUAUAUGGACGGUAAAUACAGUACUAAGGAGCUCAAUAAAGCAUACGUGGCUGCCAAGAAAGUCUACACUGCCCAGGUAUCGGCUGCUAUGUGCAGUAACGGUAAUAUUGGUAUCUUUUCGACGUACCAAGCCAAGUACCUGCUUCUAGGCGCCAAGGUGGAUCAUGGUUCGGGCGAAAAUGAUGGUUUUACGACAUACAAGAGUUGCCGUGGUGGCAUUGACAAGGCUAAGUUUGGCGAUGACCCAUCGGAUCGAUUUUACGUGACCCAUUGUAACCACGCCGAUACUGCAUUCCUUAACGGUGACAGCCACUUUAAGGACAGCAUGAAACCGAGAAAGCUGUCCAUCCAUAACCUUGAUGAUGAGUCAAAGAUGCGACACGAGGACCGUUCACACACAGCGGCGAUGGUGCCCACAAGUGCUGCGAGUCAGCCAGAGGAUCAAGCGCCACAGACAUAA